AUGAAAACUACUACUUUCACUUUAUUAUUAUCAAUUGCUACUGCCAUUAAUGCUGCUGCUUUUGAAGAUUCAAGACUUAAACUUUUAUUUGCUAGAGAUGGUGAAAUUAGUUUUGGAGCUACCAUUAGUGCUGAAAUUUCUCAUGGAUUUGGAUUUGAUCAUCAUGGUCAUACUGAUCAUCAUGGUCAUACUGCUGAUUUAAGUACUGAUAUUACUGGAGUAGUUUCAAGUAGUACUGUUGAAAGUACUAUUGAAGAAUUGAGUUCUACUGUGACUAGUGAUUCUGAAUCUUCUGUUAUUACUUCUGAUUCGUCUGCUGCUACUACUGCUUCUUCUUCUUCUUCUUCUACUACUACUACUGAUGAUGAUGAAAUUUCCACUGAAGCUACUGAAAGUAUUGAAACUACCGACAGUAUUGAUACUACUGAAAGUGUUGAAACUACCGAUAGCGUUGAAACCACCGACAGUAUUGAUACCAACACUACUGAAGAAACUACUGACGUUACUGACAGUGUUGAAACUAUUUUUGAAUCUGGUUCCAACACAGAAGAAUUAUCUUUUACUAUUGGCAACAGUGAUUUAUCAGAAUCAUCUAUUGAAGAAACUCCUUUAACUACUGAUACUAAUAUUAUUUCUACUGAAGAUUUUUCUAGUAUUACUACUAGUACUACUGAAUGGAUUCAAACUACUACUUUACAUAAUUCUAGUAAUUCCAAUCAUACUAAUUCCAAUUCAAGUAAUGUUAGUAAUACUACUACUUCAGCUAAUUUUGCUAUUCAACACGGUACUGAUUAUGGAGUUGCUGUUGUUGCUGCUGCCAUUGUUGGUGCAUUAUUGAUUUAA